UUCACUUGCAAGUGAGCAUUUGUUCGGUGUGCUUUCUACUAUUAUAUUCUCUCACUUUCACUCGAUUCUUAUUUUGAUCAAUUUUUUUUUCUAUUUGUGAUUUUUUGAUUUCGAAUUUUUUCGAUUUGACUUGCUUUUUCUUUUGGGACAAAAAUUACAGAUUAUUGAAAACGUAAGAAAUGACCGGUACUCGAGUCUAUGUUGGUCGUAUAUCUUAUGAUGUACGUGAACGUGACAUUGAAAAAUUUUUCAAAGGCUAUGGUCGUAUUCGUGAAAUUCUUUUGAAAGAUGGAUUUGCAUUUGUCGAAUUCGAUGACCAUCGUGAUGCAGAAGAUGCUGUUUAUGAAUUGAAUGGCAAAGAUAUGCUUGGUGAACGUGUUAAUGUUGAAUUUGCCCGUGGUAAUGGCCGCGGCCGUGGUGGAAGAUUCGGUGGUCGAUCUUUUUAUGGCAGCCGAUAUUCAUCCCGUAAUGGAUCAUCUUAUAAUGAAAAUCGCUAUGGACCACCACGAAAUACAGAAUAUCGCGUGAUUGUCGAAAAUCUUAGCAGCCGUGUAAGCUGGCAGGAUCUUAAAGAUUUUAUGCGACAAGCUGGUGAAGUAACUUAUGCUGAUGCCCAUAAACGAGAGAAGAAUAUGGGGAUUGUCGAUUUUGCUACCUAUUCGGAUAUGAAAACAGCUAUCGAAAAAUUGGAUGGACAAGAUUUGCAUGGACGACGUAUUCGUUUGCAUGAAGAUAAAUCACGUCGCCGUCGUUCACGUUCACGAUCACAUUCUCCACGACGUGGGCGUUCACGUAGUCGUUCGCGAUCACGAUCGCCACGAAGUCGAUCACGAUCCAAAUCAGAUUCUGAUCGUUCAAAAUCUCGAUCCAAAUCACCAGCAGUAAGAGGUGGCCGUUCAGGUGGCGAUGAUCGAGAUCGUUCAAAAUCAGUUGAUUCUCGACGAUCAGACUCCAGUAGAUCACGUUCAUGUUCACGAUCCAAAUCACCAGUUGGACGACGUUCUGAUGCAAAUGGCAGUGGUGGCAAAAAUGGAUCUGCUUCACGUUCGCGUUCACGAUCAGAAUCACCAGUCCGUGAUGGCGGUGAUCAUCGUUCCCCAGGAAGUCGAGAUGAUUCCCGUUCACGAUCACCAUCGGUUGAUGGUAAAGAUCAUUCGGACAAUAGCCGUAAUUCAAUGGAUGCUGAUUAGACUAACGCCUUGGCCCAUUUUGUUCAACAUCUUACAAAACAACAUGCCCAUUCACACACAUAAAUAUAUCAAUAAUAUUAUUCUUUUUUUUGAUAACCAAACCUAUUGCUAAUUUCUCUUAACCUACAAAUAAUGAGUAUUUGUAAGUAAAUUCCAAAUAUGACCACCAAUGGUCAUGGGCUCGGCUUUUUCAGACCAAAUGUUACGUAUUAAAUAAGGUAGAUUCAUCUAUUCAUCGAUUAUUAUAACAUUCAAUAAUUCAUAUCUUUCAAUACUGAAAAUUAUUGUUUCAUUUAUAUCAUUUUUUUCUCAUUGUUUGAUUGGUUUUUAUUUGCAUUAUUAGUAAACACACACACACACACAA